AUGAGAUCGCCGUCGCCUAUGCCUUCGGCUCGUUCGACUCUAUCACACUUCCACAACGCCACCCCUACAACCAUGUCGCCGGCACGCAACAUGCCCACCGUAAGCUCGCCGCUCUCACCAAGGACUGAGCCUCUGGCCAUUCCCUCGGGCCGUCGACGACCUCAAGUCCACUCACGCCAGUCAUCCACCAGUGGCCCCGCCAUGCACCUGCGACUGCCGUCUUUGCCACGCUUCCAUCCCGCCAACUUUGGAACUCCAAGCUCAAGUGCGUCUGGCACACCAGUCACUGGUCCAAACAGCCCGAACCCUCCCCUUUCUCCACGACCAGGCAAUACUGUCAGCAAGUACGAAGCUCAGAAGCAGAUGUACCUCUACCAGCAGCAGCUUCAGGCCAGGACUAGCACUCAAGUUCGAGGAGCCCUAUCUGCCAAACCUACCAGCCCACGCUUGGACCCCCUGGCCAGUCCGGGAGCCGUCACUCCUUUUGAGCUCGAAGGCACUGACGGCUAUCUAACGGCUGGAGUCAGUCCUCAGGACGCCGCCUCGCACGUCGAGAGGCUGAUUCGCAACGAAGCCAGUCGUCGUGGUGACCUCUCACCUGGACGUACGACCUCAGUAGGUGGAAGGUGA